GAUGGGGUUUCUUUUCUCCCUCUCUUAAGGGAGAGCAGAUCAUUUCGCGGAUCAUCUGAUCUUUCAAACUGCACACGUGCGAAUGAGGGUCGCACCUGAAUAGGCCACUGUCCUCACUUUUUUCAUGAGGAUUAUUUUCGAAGCAGAAUUAUUUGCACGGAUAACAGUGAGGAGUUCAAAUGCAAUAUUCGUGGAAAUAAAUGUCGUUUUCUUCAAGAUUACAUAACGUUGUACCCAUCUUCAAGGAGGAUGUCCACAGAAAAAUUUCGAUCUCUUUCGCAAAAUAUUGGACAUUCAUGAUAUUUGAUAUAUGCUACAUUCUACAGUCCAAGAAGUCCCAUCUAUGACGAACAUUUAGCAAGUGUGUGAUAACAUAUUGUGUUGCAUGCUGAACUUGAAAUGUUGGAGUUGAACUUGAUCGAAUUGAGUGCCAUUAUGGAUUCACAAACUGAUGUUUCUUUUGUCCAAUAACAUUGCUGAAGUUAUGCAAGCGCGAAGAACUUGACUGUUCUGAAAAAAUUCAAUGAGAAAGCUUGAUCCUGUAUCUUGCUGAAUUUGAAAAACUCAAGUUGAACUGAACUGAACUCAAGAGGAUACAUGAAUUGUACACAAACUAAGGAUGAGGCAGGACUUGUCCCAUAGUAUACAAACCUUUCUUGAGAAAAAAAAGAUAACUUUCUAAAAGUCCCAAUUGAGAACACGGUAUGGACUGCAUUUCACUGAGGAUACACUAAACUUUUUCAAAGGAUUACUGAUUUUAUCGAAUCUGCGUGCACUAGAGAAUUCAAAAUGGCUGCGCCACGCAUUGACAGUGGGAUUGACCUCACAAAUAUGGAUGACAUAAUCAACGAAAUGGAUGGAAUGGCAGCAUAUUUCGACGAUGUCAUGGAUGUAUUUAACACUGGGGUGGGCGACAUGGAGUCAUCGCCAUUGCGGCAGUGUCAUUCUGAUUCGGAUAUUCUUGAAAAAGGAUUUAGUAGGCCACCUAAAAUUGAAGCCAAAGAAACUGCUCGGAAACGUUUCUUUGAAAAAUCAGGUCAUUAUUGUGAAAAUUCCGAACAGGAAGAUAAGAUUGCCAGACAAUCACAGCAUACGGGUCAUUCAACGACUAGCUCUGGGGUCUAUAGCAUCUCUGACGCUAACCUGAAUCGUGAACGAUUAGUGCUGCCAUCUAUUGGUGACGAUUCAGAAGUUUUCACUGAAAAGGGAACAAGGGAGAGAAUGAAUUUUGAUCAAGACGUUGUAAACAAAAAUCACAUUGUGGGGUCAGAAUUGAAAAUAUUACCACCUGAGAUUUCGAUAUUCGAAUAUGCAGUCGAUACUACAGAAAGUAAUAUAGAUGGUCAGGCGGGGGUGAAUAUGAUUAAAAACCCAAAAUUUGAUGAGAUCAGAGCAAAACUCGCAGCAAAAAUUGAUGAUGUAACAAUGAGUUAUGAUAAUUCUAACGAAAACAAAAGAUCACCUGUGGGUAGUUUCAAUUUGGAUGACUUUGACCUUGAUAAAAUUAUCUGCGAACUCAAUUCUGACUUGUACGAACAAGUAAACAUGAAACACCAGAUUUUUGCCACAAGUGUACCUCAACCAUGGGACCAUGAAAAGUUUGAAGAAAAAACAAAUGCGUGUGCAGUUGGAAAAAGUUUAUCAUGGGACAUUUUACAUACAUAUUCAGUGUCAAGCAGCUCACUAUCAAAUGGGUCGCUUUCGCGGUCAGAUUUUCUCGCCAUUCCAAAUGAUCACACCAAACAAAGUCCCGUACUGUCAUUCAAAACGCCAUCAAAGGAGAAACCGGGCUCAAUGUUCAAAAGUCGAACUCUGCCUAACCUCAGUUUCAAAAAGCGUCCACGCUGUACAGAAGAGACAAACUUGCUAGGUGUCCCAUGUCGUCAAGGGUUUGGUUCGACCGCUUCUGAUACUGCUGGUAACAAUGUGAAAUUUGGACCGACUGGGAACAAAGACCCGAAGCGGUUCAGUCGGGCAUUUGACUUUGGGUCUGCUGAGUCUGAAACAACUGUCAGUUUCCGCAUUCCAUCCGGUUUUGAAUCCGGCUCAAAAUCUAUGGAUUCGUUCGGUACAAGGGAGGAUCUAGCGUAUUGUGAUGGGGUAGAAGUUUCAAGCGAUUCAAUUGGGGGGAUUCCCGUAAUAGAACCAACUCACAUUUGGGCGGGCGACCAAUCAGAGCAAGAAGUAACAAAAUCAGAAAAAGAGAGUGCGAGAAAUGAAAACGAUUUAAAGUCUCCAAAAAUCCUGAAAAAUCUUGUUCCAAAAAGCACAUCUUUGCCAGAAUUUCGCUUGAAGAAAAUUUUCAAAACUAAACUCAGCAAAAUGUCCCCGACAAAAUCUUCUGAAAAGACAGUAGAGGUGACUAAAACUCCUGAAAAAGUUGCCAAAAUGCCUGAAAAUGUUACUAAAACCCCAGAAAAGGUUACUCAAACACCCGAGACUGCAACAAAACCUACUCAACGAGCUUCAAGUUUAUCUAGAUUCUCAAAGAGGUUACGUAUUAUGGCGAGCCCAGAGCGAUUUAAGUGCAAGCAGGAAGGGGGCACUGUCCAAGGCACAGACUCUAACCAACAUCAAAAGGUAUCUGCAGAUGAAACAGUCACAGUUGUGGUGCCAGUUCCAGAGGAUGUACGGCAAAGUUCUGACAAUAAGAGUGAUGCAGAGGACACUCCGGGGGAAAAGGAGGUAGAAGAAGUGGUUGUAGUCAAGCCCAGCUCGAACGAUGUGUUUACUCUUGGUAAUGAGAAUAUUGCUGCCAUACUAACUGAGUUUGACACAUCUUCAAGUGCAAGGGCUCAGGGUUUUAGUUGUAUAACGAAAGAUUCCACAAGCCAGGUUGAAACCGAUCUUGUUGAUAAUGCUAAAACAACAGUGAAUCAGGAAAAGAACAGAUGCACAAACAAAACAGGGGUAAAAUUCGGUCUGUCCCUGAAAAAGACAGACAAUAAGUUUUCUGAAAUUCCCUCCAAAGAACCUGAAAAUACUGAAGUAAUUUAUGAUGCUCCGUGGCACAACCAGUUAAGCAAAAGCAUAAGUGUUCAAAUGUCUUCUAAGUCAAAACCUUCUCAUGAAGUUAACAGGCAAGGGAUGGAUGGAAAGGAUGUUUCAGUUCCAAGAUCUCAUAGCUAUGAUUCCAUGACAAAAAGGCGCCCAUCCGCUGGGAUGUCCGGCCCAUUUUUCCCAAUCAAUUCCUUGCGCGAGUUGUUGAACGGGCAGGAAUCGAGCAAGAUUAGGAGUGUUAGAGGGCAGAAAGCAGCCCUUAUACCGGUUGAAAAAGACGACCCAAAGGGAGCAUUGGAGCAGUUGUUUGCCGAUUUGGGUAUCAGUGAAGAAGUUUCAGAUAUUGAUCUGGCAAAGAAACAAUCCGCUGAUACAACAAAUAUUGAGAGAGUCACGGAAGAAGUAAAAACCGAAAUCAGUAACUGGAAAACAGACGAAGUUGUAAAGAUGUUGGCUGAGUUAGAACUGGAUACUUUCAGCAUUGCUCAGAAUGAAAAUGAAAAAUUGCUGAAUCGGAAAAACUUGGACAUUUCUGGUGUUAGUGACAACAGUGGUCGGGCCACUACGAAUGGUUACAGCGAAUGUGAGUGGGGGGCAGAUGAUGUUGCCAAACUGAAAGAAGAGUUGGACCGAAACACUGCAAAAGCUAUCGCUCAGAAGGCCCGUGAUUCCAUCUGUGAGAACAUGGGUGACCUGAGCACGAUUCGACCAGGCGCAAAGCUGAGCCCACGGCCGACACACUUAAUGCUAGGAAAUGUAAUCGAGAAGACUUUUGAUGAAACGGACAUUCAAAAUAUAGACAAGAGUAUUCAUAAUUUGUUAAACGAAGGUACAGCGAUCGAUAACCAGUUGAGGAACGCGAGCCAUGAAAAUAUCUUAGGGAUGGAUCUAGGUCAGGAUUAUGACAACAUUUUGGAUAAAACAAAUGGUAAUGUUGACAAGUCAUUGGAGCUAGCAAGGAAAGAGAAGACAAAUUUAGAAUUGGCACUGUCCCGAAAAAAAGUCACGUACGCAGAUCUUGCGCUAUGCGGUGAAAAAACGAUGAACUUUUUCGCAGAAACUGAUCAGGAAGAGCCCGAUUAUGAUAACUGCGUUGGUCCUGGAAAAGAUGAUGUUCGCUACACAACAGUAUUAGUUGGAAAAAAGGACCAAACACCCAUUGAUUUUUCGUCGCUUUUGAAAAUUGGGGACACCGGUUCAACAGACUCGUGUUAUGAACUUGUCAACAUGCAGUUGUCGGAUACUCCGGAGUCUUCCCCAGAAAAAGACGUUGUUGUGGCAAAUGACCAGGAUGAUGAUUAUCAAGAAAUCGGCGAACUUGACCAAGGCAAUUACGAGAGCAUCCAGGUGCAACAGAAUGAUGAGGAAAAUUCCGACCGGAAUUUCGAUCAACUUUUCUCGUUCCUGACCGAAGUCAUUCAAGCCAAAGAAGAGGAGGAGCAGGCGAUGAAGAAGUCAACAGAGGCAUGUCCGCCGACGUCAAGUGAUUCAUCACCUGGCCAGUUAUCCUCUGGUUCACUCACGACGCAAGUUUCAACAAAAUCUUCCGCCAAGUUAUCAUCAGGUUCUGAUUCUCGAUCCGGAAGCCACACGUCUGGUUCUUCCAGUCUUUCCAGAAUCAGUCAGUUUUCUGGGUCAUCGUUUGGGCAGACUUCACAGUCAUCUGCUUCAUCUUCCAGUUGUGUCUCAUCGGCAAGAAACGUGUCGCCUGGUCAGACCUCAUCUGGAUCAUCUGCCAAAGUUUCAUCCAAGACCAGUCAUGUUUCACCUACAACUCCUCUCAGCAACUCGUCAUCGAAAUCUAGUAAGAAUUCAUCUACCUGUGCCAUUCCAAAUACAAUUGAAUCUGUGACUGAUUCAAGCCCUCUGGAGAGUCAACGGAAACAUUUCGUAUCUGCAUAUCAUCACGAUUCAUUCAAAAAUUCCUAUAUACGGAGCGUCGUUGUCAAAAAUGGCAGUGGGAAAUCUGAGAGUGUCCAGGGUGAUGUUAUCGUGCAUAGAACAGACCCACAAGUGUUGGCAGUAUCUAGCUCAAGUUUGUCAAGUGGAAGUUUUAAAACUUGUUCAUCCAAUGCGAGUUUUAAAGACGCAGUUAGCUCACCUAUUCCACAAAAUCCAGAUGUAGAACCAGCGAAAGGAGACAUUUGCAAUGGGAGUCUGGGAACACUUGUUGAUCCUGCAGUUGAAAUUGGCUCAAAGGUACUGGGUACACUGCAGGGAAAUCUGCGGUCAUCGGUUCACUUGGAAAUAUCAUCAGCCACCACCGUUCUUGAGCCCCUAGGGAACCUAACUCAAACCACUUCUCAUCCCCAGUCCCUUGAUCAAAAGGCUGAUAUAAAUGAAAACCUUCUACCUCCAGAAAUUUGCGAGUGCGAAUUUGCAGAAUUCGACCGUUUUAUGGAAGAGUUGUGCCGCUCUGACGAUGACCCUGCGGUCAUGGAAAAUUAUGAGGAGCGCUGCACAGGACUUUGUCGCAGGUCAAGUCGGAGUUCGUUGCUGUCUGAGUCGGUUAGCUCACGAUCUGUUUCUGACAGUUGUACACAGACAGAGGAGUUAGAACAGAAGGAGCAAACCAAGAAAUCUGUUGAUGUCGGUUGCCAAAAUACUGACCUAGUGGACACUGCUGAGUUUGACUCGCUUUAUCUUUCCGCUACACAAACUGAUGAUGUCAAAAAAUAUUCUGCAAAAACUGAUGAUCUCACACAAUCUUGUGCAAAAACAGAUGUAGUGUCGCAAUGUUCUGCAAUGGCAAUUAAUGUCACUAACUUUUCCACGAAAUUUGAUGAUGUCUCACAUUCUUCUGCAAAAUACAGUGUUGUCUCAGGAAAUGAUAAUGUCACAAACUGCUCCCCAAAAAGUGAUGAUGUCACCAAAGUUGGUGAGACCGAAUGCGAUUAUGUUAAUUUCCCAGCGCUUGAUGAUAGCAUCACACACAGCGUGUAUUCUGAUGAUGUCACAGAGUCCUCCAAGCAAACUGAUGACAUCCCAGUCACCUAUGAUCUCGGCGAUGAUACUUCUGAAAACUUCUACGUCAACAUAGACGAAGACGUCAAAGAUUUUUGCAGCCGUCAUGAUUUACAAUUUACACCAGAGCCCUCUAGCGUAUUGUCCCAAAAACGCAAAACCCACGAUGAGGACGAUUAUGAAAAUAUAUUCAAUCGCGACGACUCCCCUGGCGAUGGCAACGACGAAGGCAAUAGUUCAGACAAUCUUUCAGAUGAUGACUAUGAAUAUAUAGCGCCCCCUGGCAGCAGAAUUGUAUACAAAACUUCCGAUUAUGAACAUCGCACAGUUGUCAUUGAUGACAAUGACCCGUCUCGCUUAAGCGUGGCGGAAAAACGUCUAUUUUUCUCACCGCUUAAAUCUUGCUACACAGAACCAUGUCAAACUGUUGCAUUUACGCCAAGGGUUCCUCGGUUAAGUUGGUCGGAUAGCGUGACAGUGAUUCAGCAUGACAAUACUGUCGAAACGGCGAAUAUGUGUCAAUAUAGUAUCGAGGAAUUAGAUGAGUACUAUAUUGACUAUGAGUAUGAUGAUGAUGAUGAUGAUGAUGAUGAUGAUGAUGAUGAUGUUCAUGCUGGAGUUUACGAUGUUAAUGCUGGUGAUGAGGAUGAUGAAGAAGUUGACAAUGACGAUGAUGAUGAAGAUGAUGUUGAAAAAGAUGAUGAUGACAAUGAUAAUGUUGAUGAUGAUGAUGGUGCUAGUGAUGAUGAUGAUGAUAGUGAUGGCAAUGUUGGAAGUUAUAACUUCUGUAAUGACCAUGAUGAUGAUGAUGUUUGCGAUGGUGAUGAUAAUGAUAAUGACAAUAGUGAUGAUAAUGACAAGGAUAAUGUAUGCGAUGAUGCCGAUAGUGAUAAAGAUGAUGCUGGCAAUGAUGUUGAUGGUCACUUUCAUGAUCAUGAUGACGAUAAUGAAUAUGACAGCGAAAACGAUUACGAAAUCUUUUUCUGA